CUGAAACCUCUGGAGAUUCUCCGAGUCAGUCAGUGAGCACGAGAGAGAAAAUAUGGCGAAAUCAAUGGCGACGCUAGAUCCCGGCACCACUUGUUCCUCCUGGAAUUACUCCGGCCACCGAUUAGCCGCCGGUUCCCUCGACGGAAGCCUCUCCGUUUACGACUCUUCUACUCCUUCUGCUUCGUCUUCUUCGACUUUCACCUGCUCUUCCAAAGUUAGGGUUAGUGAAUCCAGUAUCGUAAAAAUCGUCUGGCUACCUUCUGAAUACGGCGAUGCAGUAGCCUGCAUUUGCGAAGACGGAAGCUUAUCGAUUUGGGAGGAGGUUUCUGAAGACACACAUGCUCUUGAGUGGAAACUGUGUAAGAGUAUGAAGAGCAAGUCUAGCCUAGUGCUUGAUGUUCAAUUCGGAGUUUCCACAAAGAGUCUAAAGAUGGUUGCAGCAUAUUCUGAUGGGUACCUUAGGGUUUUUGAGCUGUUGAAUCCAUUGGAAUUAAAGAACUGGCAACUUCAGGCCGAGUUUCAGAAUGUUAUUGAUUCUCUAUCGACGCUCGGUAAACCUUCAAGCUUAUCUGCAUCUGUUUCAUGGAAUCCGAUGAAGGGUGAAGAGCAAGAACCAAGCUUUGUUUUAGCCUUCAACUCUGAUUCUCCACAUCUUAACUCUUCCAAGAUAUGGGAGUUUGACGAAGCUCAUAACAGAUGGUUGGCAGUAGCAGAAUUAGCCUUACCAGAAGACAAAGGUGAUCCAGUUUAUGCUUUGUCAUGGGCCCCAAAUAUUGGCAGACCAUACGAGGUUUUUGCUGUGGCAACUCAUAAAGGGAUAGGAAUAUGGCAUGUUGGUCUAGCUCCUGAUCUUGAAGGAAGGCUUCCAGUAAAGAAGGUCUCCUCGCUUUCUGGCCAUCAAGGCGAGGUUUGGCAGAUGGAGUGGGACAUGAGUGGCAUGACUUUAGCUAGCACUGGAAGUGAUGGUAUGGUCAAAUUGUGGCAGUCAAACUUAAACGGCGAGUGGCACGAGCAGGCAACGCUUGAACCAGUUCCCUCCUAAGUUCCACAUCGUUGCUAUUUCCAAUGUCCAAAAACAUGUUCGUUCCAUUUUAAGGACAUUAUUUAUUAGUAUUGCUCAGUUUUUUCUCGACUCUAAAUAGUCUAUAUAUAAGUUGAUCUGAUUUUGGACGUGGAAACAGCACACUAUAUAUUGUAAGCCCCAUUCUCUUGAGUAGUUAAAACCAAAAAUAUAACAGUUAA